AAGUUCAGCCAUUUUUUAACAACAUUCAGUUUUCUACGCGCUAUCACGACGACGUAGGUUUUUUGCUGUUUCGCAUCAUUCUGAAUUUUGAGACAUUGUUUUUAGACCGAGAUGUCGACCUUGAGCGGAGACGAGGCUGAAAUUGUUCAAGAAGAUGCAGUGCGAAGAACGAGGUCAGGCAGAGCUACAAGAAAAGUUGCUGCAGCAACACCGGUAAAGAAAGUGGUGAAGAAAGUUACACGAUCUGCUCGUUCACCAAGAAAAACACAGGAAGUAGAGGAAGAUAAUGAAACAACUGUGAUUGAAGGAGAUUCGGACGAAAUUCCAGCCAACGGUGUUCAAGCAGUAGAACAACAAGAGGAAGAGGAAGUUCCAGUGGAAAGUCUACAAGAAGAUAGUAAAGACAUGAAGGAGAAUGAGCUUGAUUUGAACAUGGAAGUAGAUUCUGAAUCUGUUCCUGAACUUGAAUCGCCACCUCCUCCCAUUGUCAGCAAUGUUCAAACUGCAACUGCCAUUCAUUCAACUCUAAAAGUUAAAGAAUCUCCACAGAAUUUGGAGGAAAGUUCAGAUAAUGUCGAGACAAACAACAAAAGCGUUAAGGAAGUUGACAUUACAGAGGAUAUUGUGGAGGAUAUUAAGUCUGAGGUUACAACCGAAGUGAUUAAAGCGGAAACUGCCGAUAUCGAGACAAUAGAAGAAUUAGAACCAAGUUCACUUAUGGAAGUUGAAGAAGAAACUCAGAAAGAAAAUGAGGAAAAAGAGGUUGAACCUGUUGUUGAGACUCCAGAGAUUAAGGAAGAGAAUUUAAAAAAAGAAGAAGUUGCGAAUGAAGUUGAACCCGAUACUGACAUUAAGGCAGAAGAGACAGAAGAAAUGGAAGAAACGCCAGAUAAUGAACCAACCAAUAAUGAAACAACUGAGGAUUCAGAAAUGAUAAAUAAUUCCGAAGUAGAAAAGAAAAUUGAGCCAGACACUGAGGCUGUUUCUGAGGAUGAAUUGCCAACUGAGGCCGCCGCCAAAGAGCCAGAGACUGAGGCUGUUUCUGACGAAGAACUUCCCGCAGCCCCUCCUGCUGAUUUGGGCGAAACAGAAUCUGUUUCAGAAGACGAACUACCACCAGAUAGUGAGAAGAAGAAAAAGGGCUUAAAGAAAUCUGCGGAGAAAAAGAUUAAAGUUGACGGUGCAAAUAAACGUAAAUUAAACGCUGACGGAGAAUAUGACCCGAGUUCACCAACUUCUGAGAAUAAUGAUGAAACCCCGGCAAAGAAAUUAGCUUUGACAUCGGAUACUGAAUCUGACGCUAAAUUGGAAACAAAACCCGCAUCACCGAAGAAGAAGUCAUUACCCGAAUUGGAAAAAUAUUGGAAAGCCGUUAAUGAAGAUCCAUCCGAUUUUACUGGAUGGACUUAUCUUCUUCAAUACGUUGACCAAGAAAAUGAUGCUGAUGCUGCUCGAGAAGCGUAUGGAAAGUUCCUGGAGCGAUAUCCAUAUUGCUAUGGAUAUUGGCGAAAGUACGCAGACUACGAGAAGAAAAAGGGUGAUCCCGAGAACGUGCAAAAGGUUUUUGAUGCGGGACUUAAAGCAAUUUCACUCAGCGUUGACCUUUGGAUUCAUUACAUCAAUCACUGUAAAGUCAUUUAUGAGAAGGACGAGAAGAAGAUGAGAGAGCAGUAUGAAAACGCCAUCACUGCCUGUGGCCUUGAGUUCAGGUCUGAUCGAUUAUGGGAGAGCUACAUCAAAUGGGAAAUUGAGGGUAAACGACUGAGUAAAGUGACAGCAAUUUAUGAUCGUCUAUUGACAACUCCCACAUUGGGAUAUACUUCUCAUUUUGAUACAUUCCAAGAAUUUGUCUCAUCGAACGCACCAAAUCAAAUUCUCAGCGUUGACGAUUUUCUCUCGUUACGCUCGGAGGUGAAGUCACUUCUUAAAUCCGAGGAUGUCACACCUUCAUCCACAGCGGAUGCACCACCUGGUGAGGAACCACCGCCACACGAAGUGCCACCCACUGACGAAGAGACGAGAGCGAUUAGAGAGAAAAUCAUCAGCAGCCGACGUAAAAUGCAUAAAACAAAUGUAAACGCGGUCGCUGCCAGAUGGAGUUACGAGGAAGGCAUAAAAAGACCUUACUUUCAUGUGAAACCAUUAGAGCGAUGUCAAUUGAAAAAUUGGAAAGAAUAUUUAGAUUUUGAAAUCAAUGAGAAGGAUUCCAACAGAAUAAUUAUUCUCUUUGAACGGUGUCUUAUUGCAUGUGCACUUUAUGACGAAUUUUGGAUGAGGUUUGUUCGCUAUUUGGAGAGCUUGAAGAUCGACAAUGCCGAGAAAAUUCGUGACGUUUACACACGUGCCUGUACAGUUCAUCAUCCAAAAAAACCAAAUCUUCAUCUUCAGUGGGCGACUUUUGAAGAAAGUCAGGGAAAUUUCGAGAAAGCAGCGGAAAUUCUCGAGAAUAUUGAUAAUGUUCUUCCAAAUAUGUUACAAAUCGCUUAUCGAAGGAUAAAUCUCGAGAGAAGAAGGGCAGAUCUUGAGAAAGCAUGCACUCUUUACGAGAGUUAUAUCGUUAACAGCAAAAAUCGUACAAUCGCCAAUAAUAUUGCUGUUAAAUAUGCAAGAUUUCUAUGUAAAGUCAAAAACGACACUGACAAGGCUGUCAAAGUUUUACUUAAGGCUGCAGAUAAAGACAAGGAAAAUCCAAGAUUAUAUCUGCAAUUGAUAGACUUGGGUCUACAAAGGAAUCCAGUGGACACACAAGAAAUUGUUGGUUACAUGGAUAUGUUUAUCGAUAGAGAACAUGCGGACUUGGAACAACGAGUUCUUUUUGCUCAACGUAAAGUUGAAUUCCUCGAGGACUUUAGUCCCGAUAUUCAAAAGGUUCUCAAGGCGCACGAACAAUUCCAAAAAUGUAUAAAGCAAGCAAAGGAAAGAAAGAAGGCUAAGAACGACGACAGUAAAUCGGAUAUAUCACCACCGAAAAAAAUGAAAUCUGGCGAUCCAUCGAACGUACCGCCGCCACCUUCAAUCAGCUCGCAAUCUUCCUAUCAAUACAGCAGCGGUCCAAGCGGUCCCUAUCAAUCUCAACAGCAAUUCCAAGGUAGCCAAUACGGCAGUCAAAGCGGCUAUCAACAGGGAUACCAACAGUAUCCACCGCCCUCAGAUCCAAACUACGCGAAUUAUCAAAAUUGGCAGUACAGCCAAGGUGGACCUCAAGCUUACGGAUCUUACAAUCAAUGGGGAUCUUAUAAUUACUAUUAAGGAUCUUCUUCAUAGUGUUCGUGUCCUUUCAUUUAUUAUUCAUUGUACAUUCUCUGAGUUUUACAUACACAAGUUUACACAGCUGUUUAAUAUUCAAUCCGACAAAACACUUAUCCGUAAUUUUUUCAUCUUAUUUUUCAUAAAAAAAAAGAGAAAGAGCGAGAGUGAGAGAGAGAGAGAAAGAGAGCGAGAGAAAUUAAAAAUCCACUUUUUCUAUUAUUUAGAAAAAAAAAUGCAAGAAUAGCCAAAAAAAAAUUCUAUUCGAUAAACAAUAAAAAAUAGAACAUUUUCAAAUUUGUUAAUAUUUUUCAUUAUAUUAAAUUUACAAAUUUACAUUUAUUAAGAAUUUACAUUGUUUCGUUUUGAUGUAUACAUUACAAUGAAAUAAGUUUUUGAAAGAUUGGAUUUUUUCAGAAUAUUAAUAUUGCGACCUUGAAAAACAGUGACAUACCGAA